AUGUGCUUGGAGUUCAGCUCGUGCUUCGGCGGCCGCAGGCGGGACGACUACGGCGGCCGCGCCCGCAGCAGAGGGGGCGGCUACUGGUCAGCGCCGGUGCCGGCACCGGUGUACCAACAGGAACAGCCGCCCGCCGUCGCCCACGAGGCCUACCACGAAGGCGCGCCGAAAGCCGACCACACCGACGCUGCCGGCAGCCACGCCGCCUACUUGCAAGACAAGGCUGGCAGCGAGACGCCGCCGAGGCACCCCGCAUGGCACAACAAGGUCGCCGACGACGCCUACACGCCGCGCCCCCACGAAGCUGCUGCCCCAGAUCACAGUCACAGGGACAACGCCCUUAUGGAUUACUACCACCACCACCACCCUCGUCAGGUACUAGCUACUAGUCGUUAG